AUGGGCCCAGAUAUUGACCACCCUGAAAUACUGACAAAUAAUCAGUUUCCUGGUAUCUUUCUGCCUAUGAAUGACACGGCUCAAUUGCUUAGUCUGAGCCCCAAGGAUAUCACUCUUCUUGAUCAAGAUGGUGGUGGUCAAUCCGGGUCCGUCAGUUUUGAUUUGGAACCCAGUGCGGCCUUGCUGGACGAUUUCUUUUCAGAUGAUAUCGAGGAUGGCUUUCCUUUAAGCUGGUGCUUCUCAACAUUGGCCAACCGUAACCCCGAGCCUACAACGUUGGAAAAGUUUCCAUCAAAGCAGAUGAAUCAGACGGAGACCGCUUUUCAGAACUCUCCAUGGCUGACUCAAGGCCUCAAGAGCCCCACGGUGCAUCAGUCAGACACAGGAGCGGCAGCUUCCACCUCAGAUCUGGACUUAAUUCGGCAUCUUUCUAGAAAUUUCUGGUCUGCAGUACCGCAGCGAUUUGAUCAAAGGACGCGAGAUUCUUUGGUCGCUCUCAUGGCAAGUGAGGGGAAGCCUUGUGAUGGACCUUCUCCCCAUAUCGACUUUCCGUCCCUUCGCCUGCUUGAUAUUCUGUUGGACAGGUUUUUCAGAAAGCAAGACCAAAAGGUCGACUCGUGGAUCCAUUCUGCCGCCUUUAGUCCGGCACUGACAGAUCUCGACCUUACUAGUAUGAUUUUGGCAUGGAGUGCGCUAAACUCUCACAUUUACAGCCUUCGUCGGUGGGGUUCUCGGCUGUGUAGAAUUAUUCAGGCCCGACUCAAUCGACGAAUUCAAUGCGAAUACGAUUGCUCCACUAAUAUCUCUUUGUUGCAAGCUCUUCUCUUGAGCGUUGAGGUCGAAGCGUGGAAUUGCGACCAUUCUUGCCUGCUUCAAGGGAGUUCACUGUCAGGACUUUUGAAUGAUUGUCUACGGUUGAGCUGGCGGACCAAUGCUGGGCAAGAAGAUGUUGGAGCAACGGCUGCUUGGGCAAAGAGUGAGUUGACAGAGAGUAGUUGGCAGCAAUGGGUAACUUGGGAAAGCCGAAACCGAUUAGUGGCCCGAUUCUCAAUCCUUGAAAACCAAAGAGCCGCCGCUCUCGGCAUCCGACCAUCUCUAGCCGUCGACGUCCUCCGUCAACCUUUACCGCAACCCAGGACUCUAUGGAUGGCCAGGACAGAAACGGAAUGGAACAAGUUGUAUACUCCGCAGUCAGAUGAAGCAACAACGGCCGAGGAUCUGCUAGCGUCGCUGAUGACAGCCCCACUCUCGGAAGGAUUCUUCGACUUUGCGUUUGCCUACAAGAUAAUUGCACUUCAGUUAACAGGUUCUGUUGUUGGAAAUCAUCUGAUGGGAUCGCCCUUCAAGCUACGAGCUCAUGUACAUGCCAAUUGGAAGAACGAAAUUAGGCGCGUCACUGGCAAUCUAGCCAGAACAACCCAUGCUCUCUCGAGCCUUCUAAGUGGCAUUGCAAUUUCUUACUUGUCCAUGGUCACGGAUUCGUCCAUUGACGACUUCGAGGUGCUCCUAGGACGAACGGGCCAAAAAGCGUCUGAGAAAAUGUCAUGCGUAAUGGAGCCUUGGAUAAACACUCAGGAGAGCAGAAAGACCAUCUGGCAUGCGGGACAGAUCCUCCGCAUCUUCCCGCAGAUCAACAGACCAUUGAGCAGUUUUCACGUGGUCAUGGUGUAUCAAGCCGGGCUAUUCCUUCUAGGCUACUCAUGGCUCAAACGGCGAACAGGGAGUUUGACUCGUCAAGACCUCGCCCUGCUUCCCAACUUGUGUCUGAACGGCGACGACAUUACUACAGCAGAAGACUUUUUCGUAAGCGGAUUCUGGGAACCUGUGCUGCAAGCCAGUACGACAGAAGGUGCCCCUCCUGUUUCACUGCGAAAUCCCCAGGAUGUUGCCACUGUUGUUGCAGACAUCAUACUCGACAAGACCCAAGGCAGUGAGGAACUGUCUCAAUGGUUGGUUGGGGGACUUGUACAAUUAUUGAAAGAUAUUGCUGCCAGUGUUCCCUCUCCCUGA